CCCCAGACUCCCCUGCUUUUCCCAACACCCCAAGUGCUGGCCUCCUCCCCCUCUCCAGGGCUCCUGGGUCCCCUGGCUUCACUGGGCUGUCCUCCGAAUGCUGAGGGGCCCUUCCUUCCCCUGGGAGUUGGCAACAGACUGCAGGCAGCCCGCCCCCUCUGCUGGUAGCAUGGCCUCUCCCGGUCCCCUGGGAGUCAGCAGUGGGGGUGGGGAAGGCCAGAGCCAUCCCCUGGGCCCCCACCACUGUUGUCUCAGGGGGAUCAGCACCCCUGCUCUCUCUGGGCAGUGCCCAAGAGAGGGGCCUGGCCUGGCUGAGUGCGUCCGGAGUGGGGUCUGUGUGCAGAAGGAGCAGCCUCCCAGCCGCCACUCCACAGGGCUGCUGGCGUGCCGACCGCACAAGCUGUCUUCCGGCCUGGGGCUGCCUGCACGGUCAGCUGGUCAGCUGGGCCAGGCCAGGCAGCAGAGAGGAAAAGGCUGGUGGACCAUGCCACCCACAGCCUUCCAGCCACCCCCCUGCCCUGCGGACCUGAUGGGGAGAUGAGGGCCCCCCCGCCCAAGGUUGUCAGGGAACGUGGCCCUGGGCAGUGGCCCUCCCGUCACAUCUUUGCACUGGGUGAACCCAGGACACAGCGCCCUGCUCCUUACAGACACCUGUCAUGAUUGACCAGAGGCCCAACCACUGGGCCAUGGCCCAUCACCCUCUUGCCCCUCAAACUGAGACUGGGACACCCCGGGAGCCCACAGCCGAGCCUGCAGGAAAGGCCAAGCGGACCCUCCGGGGGUCCUCUGUGUCCCCCCAGAGCAGGCCUGGGACAGCAGUCACCCCUCUGAUGGCACAUCACACGCCUCUGGGUUAAGGCACCUUCCCCUGAGCAAAGGCAAAACUUCCCUGGGAAACACGCCUGGCCUGGCAUGCGUGUCUGUGCCUACCUCUGGAGUGGAACUGGCUGCGCAGACGGACUUCUGCUAGGACCCGGCUGGGAAGUGGGACCUCGAGACCAUUGAGCUCAGUUUGGGGACAGUGUGGAACGUGGUGCCCUGGGAGCAGCUCUGACCCUCUGACCGCGAGGACAACUGGGGCAGGGGUUUCACCGCGGGCCCUUUCCCCAGCCCCACCUCGUUGCCCAGGGCCUCCCGGGAGGGGAGCCCAUGCAGGGGAGCCACUGCCAGGGGAGUGAGGAGGGAGGGUUGCGGGUGAGACUUCCAGAAAGGGAGAGGGAGCGCAGGGCCUUCCUUUCCUGAGCCGUGGCGGUGGUGGUGGCGGUGGUGGCCGUCAGCGGGCAGGGCAGGGGUCUGGGGUGGGGACCCACCCAGCCACCAAUUGGGAGAAGAGAGUGGCGCUGGGGGCAAGUCGUCCAGGGAGAGCCAGCCAGGAAAGGAGACUUCCUCCCCUGGGCGUGCUGGGCUCUGCCAGGGGCUCUAGGCUCCAGCGGCCCACCCCGCCAUCCCCUGCUAAACUCUGUCCCCUCCUGGGCUGGGCUGCAGCCCUCCCCAAGCUGCCUCUGUUCUCAGAGAUCCCCCUGUCCCAGGGGAUCAGUCCCCAGGCUCUGGCUGGGGGACAGAGGGCUGUCAGGGGCCAGAGCCCUGCCCUGACGGAUGAGUGCUGACGGCCCCACUCCCUGCGCCCUCGGCCGCUGACACCCCAUCACACCGCUGCGGGCACCCUGGGAGACCUGGCUGCCUCUGCGCACCCCCGCGGCAGCCUGCAGGCGACAGGGGCGGGGACGGUGCGAGGCGACCCUCAUUCGGCCGCACACCUGCGUCUCCACUGCGGGCUCCUCCGCGCCGCUGCCCUUCCCUGCCCUGCUCCGAUGGUGCCACCGGUGUCACUGGCCACUGCUCCAUCCAGGAAUUUCCUGCGCGGCGGAGGGUGCUGAGCGGUCCUGGGCGCGCGCAAGGCCGGUGAGUGAGCGGAGGGUGCGACGGUGGGCGGAAGGGGGUGGAGACCAGGGUGCACCUGAGGUGGCCGAGGGGAGCCCUCUGCCAGUGCCCGCGCGUUCCCGCCCCCCGCGAGCCCGGUUCGGAGGUCGCGGCGCCCCCCGGAGCCCGGCGCCGUGGCGCACGCGCGGCCGCCGCUCCUGCCGCCAACUUCGGUAGGUGCUCGUCGGCGUCGAGGGGACACGGUCCGUGGAGGAGGCUUCCGGGACUUGCUGCCGAGUGGCCAUGGUGCUGGGGCCCACCCCCUAGCGCCGCCAUGUCCCGAGAGGCUGGCUCCUGUCGCCUGGGCCCCGGGGCGCGGGCCCGGGCGCGGAAGCCCAAGAAGCCGCACUACAUCCCGCGGCCCUGGGGCAAACCCUACAACUACAAGUGCUUCCAGUGUCCGUUCACCUGCCUGGAGAAGUCGCACCUGUACAACCACAUGAAGUACAGCCUCUGCAAGGACUCCCUGUCGCUCCUGCUUCACUCCCCCGACUGGGGCUGCCGCCGCCCCGGCCCGGCCCGGUCCCGCGCACCUGCCCCCGGCUGCCCCUCCGACCCCUCGGACUCCGGGGGCCCGUCAGACCUCGCCAGUGCCGCCACCCUCUCCCUGCCCCAUCACGUCGGGGGCCCCAGGCCCGCUGCUGAGGGGGCCCCAGGGACACCACCCCCUGAGGCCGGGGAUGCCCCUAAGGGUGUGGGUCCUGGUGGCCUCCCGGCCAAGGCGUGGAAGCCGAGGUCAGCAGGGGCCCCCAGGAGCACGGCCAGGGGGGACCUGGCCAUGGCCGCAGCGGGGCCCGAGAGCGGUGUCCCCUGCUACCCCCCGCCCAGCCCUGGGGACUUGCCCGAGGCCCAGAGCUUCCACCUGUCCCUGCUGGGGGUCAACUACCCUCUGGGCCCCGGCCUCUUCUCCUACCUGGGCCCCUCCCUGGCCGCCGCCACCCACGUGCCCUUCCUGGCCUCGGCCAGCCCCCUGCUGUCCCCGGCCACCAGCUUCCCUGCCCCACAGCCCCCCGAGCAACCUGCCCUGGUCCCGCGCCUGUACUACCCCCUGCUCCUGGAACACAGCCUGGGGCUGCCGGCAGGCAAGGCCGCCCUGGCCAAACCCCUUGCUCCCACCAAAGGGCCCCCUGGGACUCUGGCCCCCGGGCUGCCGAAGGUGCCCGUGCCUGGGCUGGGCGGGCCCUGGCCCCCCAGCGCUCUCAGCGACCCCAGGCAGGAGUGGGAGCUAGAGCGGACUGCCCAGAGUGACCCCCAGAGGAGGCUGCCCCUGGGAAGCCGGCCGGAGCCCCCAAAAGCCCCCUGCGGCAGGGCCAAGUUCAGUUCCCAGAACAGCCUGUGGACCGGCCCCUCCAUGGUGCUCUGGCCUGAGGACAGGGAGCCGAGUGAGCUGGAGACCCCUGGCCCUGCGGCCCCCCUGCCCCAGCAACCACUGGGCCUGGUGCUGGGGGGCCCUGGGCACGUGAGUGAGGACCUGACACGGGCCCUCGGCGACUGUGCCAGGGUGGAGCAGCGCCUGGGCCAGUUGGCGCCUGCCGGGGGCCUGGCCCCUCGGCCACUUCGGGAGCAGCUGGGGAAGAUCCGCCGGGAGCUGCUGACCAUCCACCAGGCGCUGGAGCGGGCUGCGUGGCCACCCGACGCGCCCCUCGACCUCUCUGUGAAACGGGCUCCCACCAAGGGGCACAAGGUGCCCUCGGGGGCCUGGGGGCAGCCAGAGCUGGGCCCCGUGAUGGCCCAGGGGACCCCCGAACCACCCAGCAUGCUGGUGGCCCAGCCUCUGUCGGGCCAUACCACCAAGUGCGAGGCUGACUCCAGUCCCCCCCCGGGGCUUCCCCUCCAGUCCCCAGAGGACCCUGGUGUUCCCGGUAGCUGGGGAGCCCGCAGCGGGGCUGGGGGCUCCUGGCCCCCCAAGGCCGUCCCUGGUCUGCAGAGCUCUCCAGGUGCCCACGUCUGACCACAGCUCCUGCUGCCCCCUGUGCCCUUAACAGACAGGGGCCCUUCUCCCACCCUGUGCCCACUGCCUGCCCUCACCUGCCCCAGCAUGCCUGUGGACAGACCCCAGCCGCCGUGGCCAUGCCCGUCUUUGGGGCACGGCAGAGGGUCUCGGCUCUUUAGCGAUCACAGUCGUGGACAUUAAAAUGAAAACCACA